AUGUCGCAGAAAACUAUUCUCGUCACUGCUGCCAACGGUAAUGUUGGCAGUAGUCUUGCAAGACGACUCUUGGAUCAAGGCUUUAAAGUUAAUGCUUUGGUAAGAAAUACAGCGUCCACUAGUGCUCGCGAUCUUGAACGGCAUGGAGCCAAUAUUUUCCAAGGAGAUUAUGACGAUAUCAAGUCACUUGAAAAUGCGUCUCGGGGAAUCUGGGGAGUUUUUAUCAACGCCUUCCCAAUACGGGGAACACUUGAUGAACUGCGACACAAUACCAAUGUCAUUAAAGUUGCCAAAGAAGCUGGAGCCAAGUUUGGAAUAUACAUGAGUGCUAUUUUGACCCAAUACAAAGAUGAGCUGCCCGACUUGAACCCUCAACAUGAGCGUUAUCACUAUUGGGAAUCCAAGUACGGUACGGAGGAGGCACUCCAAGCAGCUGGUUUUGAUUAUUGGACAAUCCUUCGACCGGGUACAUUUAUCAGCAAUUUUUUUGGACCUCUCUCCAGUUUCGCUUGGCCAACCUUUCAAAAGCAACAUCUCCUCAUUUCACCUGUUCCUCCUUCUGGUACCAUACCGCUAGUUGAUCCUGACUAUAUUGCUGACUAUGCCGCUGCAGCAUUUGCUGAACCCAAUACUUUCAAUGGUUUAGCCAUUGACCUUGCUAAUGAAGAUAUCACGCUGAAGGAUUUUGGAAAGCUCAUCACCGAUAAUACAGGUAUCCAAAUCACAGUUAAUCAUGUUUCAAAGGAAGAUGCAGUUGCUCAUGGCAUACCGGCGAGUUUUGCUGUUUGGUUCGGCUGGAUCAAAAUGACCAAUUACCAUACUGACUAUGAGCGGUUAGACCAACUUCCUGUCAAGCGUACCACAGUUACAGAAUUCUUGAAGAAGAAUAAGAACUCCAUUACUGCGUUUUUGUCUGCCUAAGACCACUUACAAACCACACCACUGUGUCAUGAAAUGUCUCUAAGUGAUUCUUCUUUUUUUUAAUAAAGUCGGCU